AUGCUUCAUUACUCAACUCUUCCUUCGCGCCGCAGCCCUCUUCCUCUUGGAGCCGCAUUUCCUGGCAGCCAAAGCUUCGGAUACAAACAAGCAAAACAAUUUCAUUUCGGCCCCUCCGGAAUUCCAUCUCAGCCACAAUCAUGCCCUCCUGAAGCAACAAAGCCGGCCGGAACGGAGCCAGGCCACGAUGACGAUGAUGGAGAGUCUUGCAAGGGACCCAAGCCAAAACCGACAGCCAUAGAUACAGAGGCAGAAGACGUGCUCGGAUUUGAUCCUGCAGACUCUGAAACCUGGGGCAUCAAAUCUCUUCCAUACUGGCACCACUCUGCCAUGCUGCCAGGCUCGGGGACAGGCGGUCUUCAUCAUACUCGAUAG